GUCGCCGCCGCCCCUCUGCCCGGCCUCUAGCCUGCGCUAGCACGUAGCGUGCCCUCCUGCACGCUCUGCCCGGCCACUCUACAGCCCACCGCGAGUGACUUUACGCUUUUUGUUAGACGCUUGCGGUCGUCUCGCCAUGGCAGAUCGACCGAAUCACCUUCCGGGCUACCCGGUGCCCCCGAACAACUUCAUGAAUCUUGCGCAGCAGCAGCAGCAUCCGAUGGCCUACCAGCAACCGCAAGCACCUCUGAACCAAGCGCAACAGAUACCCGGUGUAGGACCAGAGCACCAGCGCAUGUGGCAACAAAUACAAAACAGUCAUCGUGCGCAGAUGGGCGGGGCGGAUGGCGCAGGACAGCAGCAGUUUUCAAACCAGCAGAUGGCUGAACUCCUCAGGAGUCAGGCUCUCUCGCAAACUCAAAAUCAGCAGCAACAGCCCCAGCAGUCGUCGCCUCCUCAACUCCAGCAAGCGCAGCAGUUCCCCAACCUGGGUGGGACGGCACAAAUGAACAAUGGAUUACCCACCCAGAAUCCGAUGUUCGCCAUGCAGCGACAACCAAGUGGCGGUAUGGGUGGUCUCCAGAACACCCAGUUUACGCCGCAGAUGGCGCAGAUGCUGGCCGCACAGCGUAAUGGCAUUACCAACCCUGCCAUGAUCCAGAUGAAUCGCCAGCUCGGAUUGCUUAAUCGCGCACAGAAACAGCAGCCCCAGAAUGGACCAGCAAACUUUGGCCAGACGAAUCCGCCUUUUGGUGGGCAACAGAAUCUAAGCCAACUUCCCUUUCAGGCGGGCAUGUUCCCUCCCAAACCUGAUGAUGGUCGUAUCUCCGCUCCACUUGGACAACAGCAAUUCUCAACCCCACCUGGAGGUCAAAACGGUCUUGUUCCUGCAUCUGGGAUGCCGAGUACGGGUGACGUCGGGCAUCUUAUACGAAGCGCCGAUGGCCGUUUAUUGACGUUCGAUGAAAUCCGAGUUAAGGUGAUGCAAUUGAAGCGCAUGAUCGAUGCCGAAAAGAAUGAGUUGACGGCAGUACCGGCGCCCAAUACACAAGAAACGAUGAUGGCUUUUAGGGAAAAAAAAAUCGCAUUGGAUCAUAAGGAAAAGUUGCUCGCGGGUUUAAUGGAAUAUGCGAAACAACUAGCAAAUCGUCAGCGUUUGCAGCAGCAGCAGCAGCAGCAGCAGGCGCAGGCAAUUUCGUCCAAUAAUGACGGUCAGAAUCAAGGAGCUUCGAGUUCCAUGGGUUUUCCGAAUGCCUCUCAUCAGCAGCAAACGGGCCAGCCGCUUGUGCAGCCGAACCAAAAUUGGAUGCCACACCCGAACAAUGCUGUGAAUGCUCUGCCAGGUAAUCCGCCGUUGAUUCAUGGUGCUUCACAAAGUGGGCAGGGUCAAGGUCCCCAUCAACAGAUGCAGCCAAGUCUAAUCCACCAGCAGCAGCACCAGCACCAGCAAGCUCCUGUGCCACGAUCUGCUCCUACGCCUCAGCAGCAACAGAUGCUACAAGCUUUUCUUCAGAAUAACGGCCAGGCGUCUCCUCCUUCGUCAGGCUCUGCGCCACCCAGUGCACAGAGUAAUUUAGGGCAACCCGUUUCGACCCUUGACGGACAAGGUGGGCAACAGCGACCCGCAGCUAUGAGCUUUCCCCCAUUCGCUCGGGACAAGUUUUUGGGUAUAAUGAGGGAAUGGUGGAGACGUAGCGGAAUGAAUCCCGAUCCGAGGCUGCUAGCAAUAGGCAAUCGUCAAAUAGACCUUCAUCAGCUUCACACAGAGGUGUUGCAGUAUGGUGGCGUCGUCAACGUGAACCGACACAGCCUAUGGAACGUGAUUGCGGCCAAGAUGGGAUGGAAUCCAACGAGCUUAAGCGAAGCUGGUCGGACACAAGAACAGGUUGAUGAGCAACUCAAAACUGUUUAUGAGCAACUCCUGGAGACAUUUGAACUUACUUACAUGUCGGCGACGAUGAAGCAGUCUUUCACCUCUCAGCCCAACCAAAAUGCGGACCCUCAGGGCGGACCGAAUCAACCCAGCGCGGGACAAGGCCAGCCAGCGGGACCAAACCAGGCUUUGUCCGCUCAGCAGGUAAUGCAAAUGAUGAAGUUGGCGAAUAUGACAGUCGAACAGAUGCGCGCCGCUGGCUACAACGAACACGUUAUUCGGAAUAUUGAGCAGAACAGACCGACACUCCAAGAGUCCUGGCGAAAGAUGCAAAUGCAACGUUUGCAAGUGCAGCAGCAAGCUGCUCAGCAACAAGCCGCCCAUCUCCAACAACAAGGGGCUGUUCGAAAUACGUCACACCCCUUCCAGAAUCAACUUCAAUCUCGGGCGGGCUUGCACAAUUCUUCGCCAUUUAUUAGUGAAAAUGGAAUUUAUUCUGCAAAUGGUCUUCCGCAUCCUGGCGUAUCCGGAGGUUCUGAUCAGCCGGCUGACAUAUCAGCGCAACAGCGCCCGCAACUGAACGCACAGCACCUGGCUUCGCAGAAUAUGGGAAUGCUUAACGCACUUCCAAAUUUGCAGAGGCCAACCCCUGAGGCGAUGGGACAAGCUAAUGCACUGAUGGAACAACUGAAGCAAAGUAUUUCAAAAGAGCGAAUCAUCCGACCCGAGCACUUUAAGCAAUUAUCCGACGUCGACAAGGGAAAUUUCCUCAGUCGAUUUGAGGAUGUUUGUAAAGCUUUGGUAGAAAUUCCUAAGUUCCUCCCUAUGCAUCUUGCUACUAUGAACGACGUACCGUUAGUGAAGGUCGUCCUGAACAUGGUCGAUUUGUGCACCAGACAACGCCAAUUUCUACAAUCUGCAAAUCCAAUGUACAUCUUGGACAUCCCUACACUUGAGAGGCUUGCGAAUUCUGUGAUGGAUAUACAAAGGAGGAUAGGCUUGAUGGUGCGGCAGUUGAAAAUGCUACCGCAAGGAGACCAGAAUCAGCCCCGUUCAUUUGCGCAACAGCAAAAUGACGGGGUACUUCAUUCGUCGGUUCCCCAACAAGGCCCUGCAACUGUUGUUCCCCGUCCACCUACGGUGCAACCGCAGCUGCAGCCACCGCACCAGCCUCAACAGAACCUUCGGCCGCUGCCUACUCGGACGCCUCAAAUGACACCUGAUCGUCCGCCGUCUGCCGCGCAGAGUAAGCAAAAAGGCACCUUAGGUACAUCUCCUGUCGCAAUUGAAAGUGCAUCGUCGCCCUCCGCUUCCACUCCUUUACCCAGUGCUACUACUCCGAACCAUUUGCAAACCUCUCCUCAAACUCCGAAAUCGCCUAAAACGAAGUCUCAGGCGAAGCCUAAGCGGCAACGAAGAACUUCAAAGGUGGUUGCUCCGGCUUCAACUCCGGCUACGACAACGGCUUCCACGUCGACGCCAGCUGCAGAACCUGCCCCUAGCCCGGCACAAGCUGUACCAUCCCCUGCAGACAGUUCAAACAAGAGACCGCGCGAAGAGGAUGAUUCUGAUCAGUCGGGACCAGCAGCUCUCACCAGUUCUGUUAAUGAAGAGACGCCUUCAAAACGAGCGAAGACUGAUUGGGUACAUGUUUCGGAGACAGAGCCACUAAGGAGACAUGUGGAAGCUGAGAGUAUCAAGACGCCUGGACAGGCAGCUCAGUUCUAUAGCGACAUGACACAACUUCUAGAGCUGACCAACAAUUCAGCGCUUCCUUCGGAAUUGCAAGACACUCUUGCGCAAUUGGCGAAGACAGUUGGUUCUGGCUUCGAUAUACCAGAUGUGCCAGGAAGCUCUUCAGCGUCGAAUCUGGCGAGUGCUGGGACUGCUUCGCCAAAGGCUACUGACGGUGAUGAUUCGUUCUUGCGGUUCCUGGACUUCUCCAGCUUCCAACAAGACGAUGAUAAGCCGGAUACGCCUGAGCUGGUACCGACGUCAUCGACAAAUCCAAGUCCAGAGUCGGGUGCUGGCUCUGAAGCUGACCAUCCUCCACCAUCGACGUCUACUGGAUCUGUCAAUGACAGGACGAAGGUCGUCGAUUCUUCAGGGUCUGGCCCAAGGACUGAUUACUAUGACGCUGACCCUUUACGACUUGGCAUCUGGGGCGAAAUAGACGGUGGCGAGUCGGGAUACUUUAGUUCAACGGAUACAUGGAAAUGGGACAGCGUACCGCCGUCGUCUGGCGACAAUUCCUGGGCAAUUUCCACCUAGAUCGGACUUUAUUUUCUGGGAUUCAUUUUUGUUGGCCUUAUUUCCUUCGCUGUCUUAUUACAGUUGGAUCAUAUCUUUCGCUUUCCGUUUUCACUUGUAAUGUGUAUUUAUCCGUUCUAUUUCUACGUCGGUUGGUCUUAUGGUUUUUGCUGUACCCCUUUCUAUCAAUACUUGGUCGACGCUUUUGAUGAUAUCUCUCCUCUUCCUCUUCCUUCCACUAACUUCCCCUGCGUCUUUCUCCUUAUCCUAUCGUAUAUCAUAUGCAUGUCAUGUUACCAUAUCCAGCACACUCAUCUCUUGUUUCCUCGCUCCCGAUGCUGUACGUGUAACGUUUCUUUGUGCGAUCAUG